GCAGGAAAAAAAAACAAAAGCAUAAUCAUCAAGAAAAGCUUAAUAUAUCCCUUUGAGCAGCGUUGAGCUUCGGAGCUCUUGUGGUGUUUGGCGUGGGGUGGGUAAAGUGUUAAAGACUGUAAGAGUCAUCACAUUCACGCUGACUAGCCACCGAAUCCGAUGCUGGAAAAUCCUUCAUCAGCGGCAGCAGAUCCAGCCGCAGUGGUGAAGCGCUACGCUCCUCCCAAUCAGAGAAAUCGUCCUCUUAACAGACGCAAGUCCGCAGAGCGGUUUGAUCGAACUAACAAUCUUCAUGGGAAUGAUUUGGAAAAGAAUCAAAUUGCUUCUUCAAGAGGUACUGUUAUAGAUCAUGGGGAUGGAGGUAGCAGCAGUCUUCUAAAUGAAAACUCUCAUCCCUGGUUUAUAGCUUUAGAGGGGUGUUGCAGCAGUCAGGCUUUCGAUCUCUUGAAUAAUCGUUGGGCAGCCACAAUGCAUUGCUUCAAUGAUUCAUCUGUAGAUCUAUCAGAAAGACCCGUUAUGUACUCAGGAAGCGGAGCAGCAUGGAGUCACUUCAAACUCCCUCAUCAGUUAAUGGCUCCAGCAGGGGGUGCUGGGUCACCUGUUUCUUCCAUGGACUUCUUGAGUGAACUUUGCCGCUUGAAGAACAAUUCCAAUGUCAGUUCUGGAAUCUAGAAACUCAUCCAUGUCCAUCUAAUGUAGCCCAUCUGCUAUUUUUGUUACAAAAAACACGUGUAUGUGUCUAGACUCUAGACAAAUGCAUCUCUGACAUGUGAUACUACCAAGUAUUUAUGGUUUGUGUAUCCCUAAAUGUGUGACACUUAAUCUAAUCUCGUGCUAUCCAAAUCGUUUAGCCUUGCCCUCUUUGCACACUA